UCAAUGGUCGUGUACGUUAUUCACCUACAAAAUGUUCAGCUGGGUCAUAUAUUUGGUUUGAUCAUCCACAACUAAUACCUAAAGCAAUUGAGAUUAUUGAUAAUAAAAUUUCAGAGUUUCUUCAAAUUCCCAGACUUGAACAAAAAAAACCUAAAACACUGGCUAUAAAUCUUAAUACAAGUGCUACAGAUACUGGAAGAAGAAAAUUGUCAUCAUUAUUUAAAUGGGAUUUUCUUGGAUCAGAUGAGAUGCAUCGAAUGAUCAAAGUCAAUUACAAAGCAUAG